AUGGGAGCCCGAGCUCAAAGCUCCGUCGUCGGCCACCUCGCCCCAUCUCUAGCCAGAUCCGAGCUGGAGCCGCCCGGAUCUGUUGACCCCAACCCGGAUCCACCUCGAGCACAAGAAUCACUUUUCUUACUUUUUUGGUUGACAAUUGAUCGAUUAUACCCUCUAUACUGCAGGCAACUGUACACAGUUCGUGAUGGUGGAACCAUUGCUUUGGAUUGGCUGCUGGCCUUUGAUUUGGAGGAUGCAGAUGGGAUUAUUUCAAAAGAUUCUUCAACACCCCUUUUAGUUGUCGUCCCUGGAUUAACCAGUGAUUCUGAUGCUGCUUAUGCAAAACACUUGGUUCAUUCCAUGGCGAGAAAAGGGUGGAAUGUUGUUGUAAGUAACCACAGGGGUCUUGGUGGUGUAUCCAUUACAGUAACUUCACUUAUAUAAUUUACAUCAGCGUGA